AUGGUUCUUCACCCAUUCGACUCUGUUACCGAUGCUGAGAUUCGCUUGGCAUCCAAGUUGAUCAAGAAUGCUUAUCCAGCAGAUGCAAAUGUUCACUUUGUUCAAAUCGAGAGAACUGAUCCUCCAAAGAAAGAUAUGAUUAAGUACUUGGAAGCCGAGAAAAAUGGAACUCCAACGCCAUCUAUUCCUCGUGUGUUGUAUGCAUACUAUUAUACCCAUACUUUGGACUUUAACAAGGCUUUGGUCAAUGUGACUGUGGGACAUGUUAUCACCAAGACCAAGCUUCCCAAGGGAACUGUUGGACCAUAUCUUCCUAAUGAUAUGAUCGAGUGGGAGGAAAUGUGUAUGCAACACCCUGCUGUCAAAGCUGAAAUUGAGAAAUUAAAGUUACCUUCCAACUACCGGGUUCGCAAUGAUCCAUGGAUUUAUGCUACUGAAGAUGCCAACGAAUCAAGACCAUUGGUUCAAUUCUUCAUGUACGUUUUGGCUGGAAACGGACACUCGGAGCUGAACCACUACUCGUUACCAUUGAAAUUUUCACCAGUAUUUGAAGCCUAUACCAAGAAAUUCAUUCGCAUUGAUUAUUUGCCAGGUGGAUUUGACGAAACCAUUACUCCAACUUUACCAUGGCAAGAGGUUCCUUGUGUUGAGUAUCACCCAGAUUUGGUCAACGAACCAGUUCCUCGUGAUGUGAAACCACUUUUAAUUUCGCAGCCAGAAGGUCCAUCGUUCACGGUGCAGGGCUCCAAGGUCAAAUGGCAAGGAUGGGAGUUCCGGGUAGCUUCUAGUGCCAGAGAGGGAUUUGUCAUUUACGACGCUCACUUUAAAGGUCGUCAAGUGUUGUACCGUCUUUCUUUGUCGGAAAUGACAGUGCCUUAUGGUGAUCCUCGUGCUCCAUACCAUAGAAAGCAGGCAUUUGAUUUGGGAGAUUGUGGCUUUGGAGUUAAUGGUAAUCACUUAAAUUUGGGCUGUGAUUGUCUUGGUGUCAUUCAUUACAUGGACGGUAAGGGAAUUGAUGCUAGUGGUGAACCAUUUGUCAUUCCUAAUACCAUCUGUAUGCAUGAACAAGACAAUGGAUUAUUGUACAAACAUGUCAAUUAUCGUACCAAUAAUGCUGUUGUGGCCAGAAGAAGAGAAUUUGUUGUGCAAACCAUUGCAACGGUUGCAAAUUACGAAUAUAUCAUCAAUGUCAAAUUUGUUACUGAUGGUAUGAUCGACAUUGAAACCAGAGCUACCGGUAUUCUUUCCACCAUGCCUAUCGAUGAAAACGUCAAGGUACCUUGGGGAACCAUUGUGGGACCCAAUGUGAUGGCAGCUUAUCACCAACACAUUCUUUCGUUUAGAAUUGACCCUGCUAUUGAUGGACAUAAGAAUACCGUUGUCUAUGACGAUGCUGUGAAAUUGCCUCGGGACAACAAAUUGAACCCAUAUGGUGUUGGUUUUGUCACCCAGAGAGGUUAUGUGGAAAAAGCUGGCCACAUUGAACAAUCUCCUUUCACCAAUAGAACUUACAAGAUCAUCAAUGAGAAUGUCAUUAACCCUGUGGCCAAGACUCCAGUCGGAUACAAAGUUGUGAUGCCUGCCCGUCAAAUGAUCAUGGCUGACAACGAUUCUUUCAAUGUUAAGAGAGCCAAGUUUGCUACCGAGCAAAUUUGGGUAACCAAAUACAGAGACCAUGAACUUUUCGCAGCCGGCGAAUUCACCAACCAGUCGCACCUGGACCAAGGAUUGGGAGUAUGGGCUAAUGGAGUAGAUGAUGUUAGAAACGAAGAUGUGGUUGUGUGGGCUACAAUGGGAUUCACUCAUAUUCCUCGAGUUGAAGAUUUUCCAGUUAUGCCAGUGGAAAUCCACAAUAUUGGAUUGGUUCCUGCCAACUUUUAUGACAAGAAUCCAGCGCUCGACAUUCCCCAGGCCAACAAUACAUUCAACAAGAGUGUGCAAUUGAGUCUGGCUAAUGCUCUGUGUUGCAGCAAGACCAACUUAUAG